UUUAAAUUAGCUACAGUUUUAAUCUUACAAGGAUUCCUGCGAUGUCUUAUAGUUUGUCUUAAUAAUAAACAAUUUAGCUAAUAAUUAAUUUCCUACACUUUAUGAAUUUUGUAAAUUGUUAUUUUUUGAGAUCAGAGAUUCAUAAGAUUUCAAUUCAAGUCAUUACAAUGGCGUGCUUAGAUGUCGUCAGAUAUCUAUCAUAGAUACGUCCUAGUAUGGCAUUUCCGAUAAAUCAUCAAUUUCGUUUCCAAUCCAAUAUUUUUUCCAUAAAUCAGCGUUGUAACAAAGUUUUGUUUUUCUUGUAAUUUACUUAUGGCGUUACAUUAAACUUUUGUAUAAUGUUGUAUGUAUGGUUGACGGAGCGUCGCAUUAUGUGACAUUCUAUGCCACAGUUUGGUAUAAAACAUGGGCCAUCUCUUCAGCGGCCACAGUCGGCAAAUAUGCACUCCUCGGCUCUUCUCGUCUUAGCUCUGGUCGGUCUCGUGUCGGCGGCCCCCUGGCGCUGCUACCGGACUCGAAAUGGCGACACCGUCUGCAUCGGUAACCAGCGGGAGCCUACCAUCCCUCAGCCGGUCAUCUGUACACCGCCGAUCGCCCCACCCUGCGCCGGCCCCGCGUACGUCUACACACCGCAGUGCAUCCCCCCUUGUCCGCAACCCGAACCUUGCCCAGAACCGAACCCUUGCUAUUACCCCAUCCCACCAUGCCCGGAACCAUGUCCGGUACCGUGCCCAGAACCCGCGAACCCUUGUUAUUACCCAUAUAUACCGCCGUGUCCGGAACCCUGCCCGGAACCGGAACCGACGCCAUGCUAUUACCAACGCAUACAGCCCUGUAUUGAGCCGUGCACGAUGCCAUGUUACUAAAUUGCCGAUUUGAUAUUUUAAUUUGUUUUGAAUUUGCUCUAAAUUCCUUUUAGAUAUGAUAAAAAAAAUAUUUAAUUUAAUGUAACGCAAAAUUAAAAACAUCUUUCGUCAAUGCUGCAAAUUCUAUCAUUGGUUUUAGACUAAAUUGUAAAAUAGAUUAAAAAAAAUACAUUCAA